AUGUUGUGUGUUGAAGAAAGUAGUAUUAAGAAGGGAGUAAUUAGAGGAGCGGAGUGCAGCAAAGAGUACGAAAGACCUAAACAAAUAAACCUCCGGUUUAGAUUCAGACUUUCAGAAACUGUGAUUAACAGUAUCCAAAACUAUAGCACUGAAGAUAAAAAAACACCUCAUUCUAGGUUUGAAGAAGGUCCAGUUGAAGAAGUCGAAAUAUUCUUCCUUAGUUUAGUUGAGCAUACCUUGCGUUUACCUCCUCAUCUCCUUAGCCUUCCUCUUCCUGAAGCAAUACAAGGAGAGCUAGAGAAACUAUUUGUGGAUAAGGUUAUCGCACAAUUGGGUUUAUGCAUCUCCGUCUAUGACAUUAAAUCCAUUAAGGGCGGCUUCAUAUUUGCUGGGGAUGGUGCUUCGACCUAUACGGUUGAUUUUAGGCUAAUCAUGUUCCGUCCUUUUGAGGGUGAUAUUCUCUCUGGAAAGGUUGACGCAUCAGAUGCUAAUGGUUUACGAUUGUCUGUAGGGUUUUUUAAAGACAUAUCCGUACCUGUCCACCUUUUGCCUAACCCAUCCAAGUUUAGUGAAGAUGGAAGAUGGACAUGGAUGUAUGGCGAGGUAGAAUUAACUAUAGAGCAGGACGACGAGAUUCGUUUUCCGAGUUCACAAAAUUUCAUACCCUCCCAUCCCGCUUGAACAAGAAAAAGAUUCAAAGGCAUUUGCCCCAAUGGUGAUUACUGCAUCAAUCGAUUUUGAUGGUCUGGGCCCAAUUUCAUGGUGGGUGUAGUCGACAGCAAAAGUAGAGCCGUGGAAGAACUUACCAGAUAUGGGCACUGAAGGUAAAGAUAAACUGAUGUGUAUUUUGUUUCAGCCAUUCCCAGGUUAUCUGAACAUGUAGCAGCAAUGGCUAGUAAAUAUAUAAUGAGUAUCCCCUCCUAGUUAGGGACAGAACAAGAGAGACUAAAUUUUGUUCAUUAAUAGUAAAUGAAAUCGCAUUAGAGAGAGUUGCCAAAAAUUUUAGAUACAUGAAAAUUGUUUCCGUGUUAAAAUGCCUAUAUAAAGAAUUAUUCCAAA